AGCCCGCUGCCGGCGCCGUCGCGGCGGAACAGUCCUAUCGACAUGCGCUUGCCCUCGGCCGAGACCCCGGUGUAGGCGUCAUCGCACUGACGGGCCGCAGCGCCUUGGGCGUCGAUUGGAGCGAUGCUGAGGUCGAUCCAUACCCCUGGUGCUUGGGAUAGCCACUGGACACAUUCGAGCUGGCCAUCGACUCCUGGUUGCUGGCCUGGCUAGCAUAGCUACCCUGCGAGAACAUGGUCGCUCCCUGUUGCCCGGGGCCAAUUCCAGGAUGCGGCGGUGGCAUGUCGCUGUGUGGUCGCAGAGUGAUGCGCGAUCCACUAGCAACUGCAGCCGGCGCCGCCAGCGUUUGCCGGGCCGGGUUCCGCGACAGGAUUCCGCGGCUCUCGGCUCGAUUAAGCAGCCUUUGGUGGAGCGGAAGAGCCGACCCGCUGCCCAUCGACGUUGCCAGGCUGUGUGCGCUGGUGUCGCUUCGGGUAUUCGCUGAGGUCAUUCAUAAACGUGUUCGAUGGGUAAGUGGUGCUGGUGAUGAUCCGGCGGUUCUGCAGAUACGCCAUCGCCAUGUACCACAUAUCAUGAUCAGCCUGCGAAGUUGCCUUGAUCUUGACCUCGCGAUGGUUGGUCGUCACCACGAUGCACGUCUUGGCGUAUGGCAGGAUCCAGAAGUACCGCAUAUGCCGCCGCUCGUGGCCACCGGCUGCCUUGAACCGCGUCGACGUGUACUUCCACAUGUACGUGCCAACCAUAGUGCGCGCUAUCGACUGAACAAUCAGAGGCUCUGGCUGACGCGAGAUAUACGGCGGCUCAGCGCUGGUCUCGACCGCAACACUGGCCGAUGCGCGCUUUUGCCGCGGCUGCUGCCCCCGCACUGGUUUCAGUCUGAACAUCGGCGCUCUGGGGUCCAGGGGAGCGCGUCUGCAGGUCCCCUGCAUCCACAUCAGACACGUCGGAGUCAUUGCCACUCUCAUCCUCCUCCUCUUCCUCGAGAUCACGGCCAAGCUCCAUCGCAUCAUGGUCCUCGCUUUCAUCAACCGUCUCCAGAACACCGGCAGAGGUGACACGGCGCGGCGAAAGCGACCUGAACAUUUCCUCGAUGCGAUG